AUGAAAUUAUCAUAUGCACUUUAUAAUCACUUAUCCUCUUUAAAAGUGUUUGAAACAAUCAAGCAAGCCAAUAAAAAUCCUAUCCUUUUAACAGAAUCAUAGCAAAACUUGAUUGAAAAUGGAAUUGCAGUAGGCAAGUUAGUUAAAUCAAUACAUAAUUUAAAAUCAGAGAUUUCAUAAAGAACUCUUACUCCAAUCGCUCAAUUAGAUUAACUAAAACAAUUAACCACGGCUUCAACCAAGUUAUACAAUUGGAACAUAAUCAUAAGCGCAAUAAACCAAUUGCAAAUACCUAAUGACAUAAACAACGAUAUUAAAAAACUGAUAUUGAUGGGAGAUGUUUAAGUGAUUGAAGACACCCUAAAUCAAUUGUUUGACUUCUAUCUAAAACUGCAAUAAGCCAGACUGAGUAAAUCGAAGACAUCACCAAAUCAGAGAAAUAGAAUUUUAUCUGAAUAAUAACCAUCAGGAUAAGGUUAUAACCAUUUAAACCUUAGCCAAUCACAAGAGUAAAUUCAAAUAUCUGAUUCAAAUACUUUGGAAUACUUUACAUAGUUAUUGUCAAAAUGGUUAAAUCUCUAAUACAAACAGGUAUUAUCCCUAUAUGCAGAAAACUUUAAAUUUUGGGCAUAGAUUGUCACAAAAGGAGUUCAAAGAGUUUAUGAACCAAUAAUUUCUAUUUAUAAGGAUGUCUUUUUAUCUGUAGAACACCUAUAAAACCUGAUUGCCAUGGAAAAGGAUAAAGCAUUGGCUUUCUCUUUAAAUCUCUUAAAACCAGGGUUGGUAUCUAAAUCACCUGAAGUAUGUAUAGAAACAAUAAAAACCCUUGGAAAUUUUGCUAUCUAAGCUUAUAAUAAUAAGAUUUCAUAUAAAGAGGAUAUAUAUAAGUGGUAUGUUGAAUCUUGUUUUUAAACAACACUUUUAUCAAUUAAAAGGCAUCCUUAAUUAGUAGAUUCUUUGGUUGAUUUAAUGAUCCUAUUUUGUAAAUUUCACUUAGUUGAUCUUUUUACUACAAUUCUGAAAUAGCAUAGUGCGAAUAACAUUGAAAUGUUAAUAAAUGUUGAAAAGCUAUUUAAUUCGCUUACACCUGACUACAUUUUAGAAAUUUAAUCUAUGGGUAUAAUGUAACAAUGGUUAGAAUAAGGUUUGGAUAUUCUGGAGAAUACUAAUACAUUAAAAUCUGAUGAAAAGAUUUCUAUUUUGAGACUAGUAUAUAGCAUUUGGUUAAAAAAUCAAUAUCAACAAUAUUAAGAAAGAGUGCAUAAUGCUUUUAAAGCAGCUACAUCAGAUCCUAGAGAAUGUGUAGCUAUAUUUUCAAUAUAGUUUUUAUUUUCUGCUUUAGAAUACUUUGGAAAAAAUAAAAUCCCAGAGGCUCCAAUCUUAUAUAAAAUAAUUGCAAUUUAGCUGGUUGAAUUAACAAAUGAAAAUCUUGUUCAUUUCAUAUUGUAGAAUCUCUUGAUAGUGUUCUAAACUAUGCCUUCAAUCCCAUUAUCUAUAGUUCUUGAUCCAUUUAUAGUUAAUUUACAAGAGAAAACUUAUCCAAGUUUGUUUGUUUUUAAUUUCCUUGCAAAUGUGGCUAAUAAUCCUAAUUUAACUACUAAAUCGUAAAUAUAAAUGAUGGAUCUAUUAUCUAAAAUAGCUAUUUAUGACACCUUGCAUUAUAGGAUAGCAUCUUAGAUAUUUCUCUAAAUGGUUACUAAUACUUAGAAUACGCCAAGCACUCAAGAAUUCGUAUAAAAAUUUGUAAAAAUAAGUCUUGCUGUUUAUUUUUCUGUUUAUAAAAAGUCAGAUAAAAAGAAACCAAAUUAAUAGAUUGUGGACAAAUAGAGAAAAGCUUAAAUUAUUGAAGUACUAAAAAGCUUAGCAUAAAUUCAUAAUGAAAGCAUUAAUUAAGUAAUUAAAAUGAUGGCUGGUCAUACCAAUUUAUAAUUCAAAAUGAUAUCUAAAUAAAAUAAAGGUCUUUAAGUACUUCUGUCUUUACUGGGUGAUAUCAAUGAAAUCAUGCAAUAAGUUGAUUUGGAGUAUUAGGAGGCCUAAACAAAUAAAUAAAUCUAUUCAGAAUCCUCUGUUAAAGAGGUACAAUAGGUUUAAGAGAAUUUGAAGAAGUUCUCCAAAAUUAAACUCACUAAGGAAGAACAAUAUCAUCUGGCAAAAUUGAGAAUGCCUAAAGAAACAGACCCAAAAGUUAUUAAUGAUAUCUCAACCAUAAAAAAGUAAUAUCAAGAGAAACAAAUGGAAAAAGAAAUAUCAAAGUUUACUUAAGAAGAAUAACUGAAAUUGAAAAAAGAGAAAUUGAGAAAGUAAUUAGAGAAAAGAUAAAUUGAAUAAGGAAUUGCAUCAUUGAAUCAAAAGGAUGUAACUGUGAAGUUGUUAUUUCCCGAUGGCAGUAGACAAACUGAGUUAGCCAAAGAGAAGAAACAUGGAUUGAUGACUUUUGAUUUAUUGGAUUUAAAUUUAGAAGAGGAAAUUGAAAAAUUAAUGGUUGAAUAGAUUCUAAGAAAAUAUACUAAAGUGUUUAGGUAUAUUUUCACUAAAUACGCUAAUACUUGUUUGCAAGGAAUGAAAUAACCUAAUUCCUUUGAUUAGUAUCAGUAGAGAACUGAAAGCAUUAAUAUUGCAGAAAUUAGUAAAUUUAUUCAUGAAUAUGAAAUUGCUAUUCCGGUUGAAAAUGUUCAAGCUCUAGCAAGGUAGGUAGGAACUCAAAUUCUACAUAACAAAACAGAAUUUAAAGAAUUUGAUUAAAUAGGGUUUAAUUAGUUUGUAAUUUAACUAUCCAUAGUUCUAUCGAAGCAUAAAUUAGCAGAUAUACAACCUUAUUAAUGUUUAAUUAAAUUUAUCAAUCAUCUAAGAAAUGUGACUGCCUCUAAAGGAUAGAGUACCGCCUUAUUUGAUGAUCCAGAAACUUAAUAUUUUAUGGAGAAUGAUAUUAUUAAAGAAUUCAAUUAACGAUUACUCAUAGAUCCAGAUUAUGAAUUGCCCUAAGGAUACAAGAAAGUUACAACUUUUGAGAUCCAAUUCUCAUAUGAAAUCCCUUUGCUUGACGAUAAUGUUCAUGUACCAUAUUAAAUUCUUAAUGAUUUAUUGAGAGAUGCUUUGGGAAUCAAUAUUAUUGAACCAAUGUCCAAAAAGGUUAUGGUAUUCAAGGCAAAACCAGAUGCUUUUGGAUAUAUUUAAUCUAAAUUGUAAUAAGAGCCUGUCGAUGAGUAAUUCAAAAUAAAGCAUAAAAAGACAAAGGAAGUGAAUGUAAGUUUACAAAAGAAAAAGGUUCUUGAAAUUGAACCAAAAAGAGAAUUAUCAUUGAAUAUGAAAUUGGCUGUCGCUAAAUGCAAUCUUAAGGACAAAUUUAUAGCUGAGAAUGUUGCUAAUCUGCUUGAUGAUAUGAUAUUUGCAAUAGAGCAUAAUAAAUCAUAGGCAACAAGAUAGAUUUAAAUUAUUAAUAGAGUGUAAGAAGAUAAAAAGUAAUAAUAAUUGGAAUAGGAAUUGUGGGAAUAGAAAAAAGAAUAAUUGAGAAAGUAAAGAGAAAAAGAAAUAAAGGAUAAAUUGAGAGAGGAGAGAGAAAAAUAGAAAUAAUUAUAAGAAUCAUAAGAAAAAGAAAGAUUGGAAAAAAACAAAACUGAAAAUAAUUUGAAGAAAGAGUAAUUAGAUAAACGGAUGAGUUACCUAACAGAAUAGAAACAAAAGAUAAAAGAAAAGAAUGAGAGGGAAAAGGAGGAACAAUUGAAGAGAAUUUUAGAGGAAAAGGAUAAAAAGGAAAAAGAAAUUUAGAUGAAGAAACAUAAUUUCUAAGAAUUCAAUUAAAAAUAAAUAACAAAAUUAAAGGAAAUUAUAUCAUAAGGAUAAAAUAAGAUAUAAUAAUCUGAAAAAGAUAAAUAAGAUCAAUUGAAAAAAUAAAAAUUCCUCUUAGAAUAAGCCAGAUCAAAAAUAUUAACUCAGAAUUAAUCAAGAAUAUAAGAAUAAAAGAAUUUAGAAAAGGACAUUGAGAAUAAUUUUAAAUCCGCAUCAUAUCAAAAAAUAAUAGAGAAAUAUCAAUUCGGAUUGAACUCUCUAUUUUAAUUCUUAAUUAAAGAAACUUUUCUUCCAAUUGGUUAACCAUCUUCGAGAGAACAAAUUACUUUUAAGACUUUUGCUUGGUUUACGGAUAGAUUUAAUCUAUGUCCUGAAAUUGUAUCUAAAGAUGAUGUUCUAUAACUAUUUAGAUAUUUAACUAGAUCCAAGGAAGUUAUUGAUGGUAUACCACCAGGGAUGAACUACGAUGAAUUUUUACAGGCCUUGCAUAGAAUCUCAAUUAAGGGAAGUGCUAUAUUUAACAAGGUUGCAGCAAACGUAAAAUCAUAAAAAGGAAAACUUGAUAUCAAAACUAUUAAAUAAAUUGUGGAAGCAGAACAAAUAGGGGAUCAAGAACCACAAAGUCAAUCACCAAAGGCAGAGUCCAUUGUGAUUGAAACUCCUUUAAGAAAUAAAUCAAAAUCUAAUUAUCUUGAGUCAUCUAAAGUUUUGAAAGAAUAUUAGUUAUUUUUCCAAUAAUCAAAUGAAUAGACUUUUGAAUCAUUAAUUUUGUACUUGGAUGUUAGCAAUGAUAAAAAUUAAUUGGAUUAAAGAUUUAGAAAAACAUUAGAGGAAAGAAAAGUUCCAACUAAAUUGAGAAGAAAAAUUUUGACUGACAAACUUGGAAUUUAGAAUUGA